AUGUUUAGCCUCAUACUUGCUGUCAGCCUUUUGACGACUGCCGGCGCGUUCAAGUUCCGGUCAGAUGAAAAUGUCAACUAUAGCGACUUUUUCGACAAACGUUGCGUCAAAGCCUUGACAACCGAAAUUAACUGCGACGAGCACAUUAGGAUGUUUGGGCAAUCUCGUACAGCAGGAUGGUUGGGAAGUAAUACGACGGCUGACAGCGACCUCAACAGAGCCUUUCCCCCGCGAGAGCUCGAAAACAUUAUCAAAGUAGCCAAUGAGAUGCGACAGAUGUGGAACGCAACCUGUAUCAGGGAUACCAAGACAGGUCGAUAUUGCUUUGAUGUUAUAGACGAGCUACGGGGCCAUCGUACUUAUGGAAAGGGGAAAACAUUCAAAGAGCCAUGCCACCCAUGCUACGGCAUGGUAAUCAACGCCAUGCUGAAUGCCUCGAUAGAGAUGGAGCUAUGGGGUUUUGAUGAUAAUUACUGGAAAGGACAGCUUGACCUUGUUCAUGAGAAGUGCGGCGGUCCUGACAAGAUUGAGAAGGAUUUUGAAGAGCAAAAGAUUUAUAAUGUUUCUCAUGCCAGGGAACCGGAGGUGAGGGAGAACAAAGGUGCCAUGGAUAUGGUUAACCAAAUAAACGCGGUCUGGAUUGCAUUGGUCAUUUAUAGAUGGAGUAUGUUCAUAUUCUAA